AUGGAGCUGGGGGGAGCAGCCACUCUUGUCCUGGCUGCUGGCGCUUUGUGCCUGGCUCUCCUCUGGGAGUGGAAACGGCAGCGGGAAAGCAGCAAAUUUCCCCCCGGACCGACUCCUCUGCCGCUUCUGGGCAACGCGCUGCAGCUGAGCGGGGCAGACCUGUUCACCUCACUGAUGGCGGAAAGAGCUACAGCCGAGGGAGCUAAGGUUCAGAGUCCUCACCUGUACCGCAGGCAUGUUUGUGCUGCCCCCCCACCCCCCGUUCUCUCGCUGGCUGAUUGUCAUUGGGCCCUCCGCCCCUUCUGUGUCCCUCUCCCGUCCUCAGGGGUCAUCUUCGCGAACGGCGAGCGGUGGAAGCAGCUGCGCCAGUUCUCGGUCGCCACCCUGCGGAAUCUGGGGAUGGGGAAAAGGACCCUCCAAGAGACGAUCGCGGAGGAAGCUCGGGCUCUGGUGGAGGAGAUCAGGAAAACCAACGGUUCUCCCUUCGACCCCAGCCGCCCCGUCAGCCACGCCGUCGGCAAUGUGAUCUCCUCCAUCGCCUUCGGGGACCGCUUCGACUACCAGGACCAGACCUUCCUGAGCUUACUCGACGUCAUCCAGAGCCUCUUCCUGGAGCUGAGCGGCCCCUGGACGCAGCUCUACGAGAUGUUUCCAGGCAUCAUGCGCUUCUUACCCGGCCCCCACAACCGCAUUCUUCAGCACGUCGAGGUGCUGCACGACUUCGUCACCGAGCGGGUGCAGAGGAACCAGAAGACCUUGGAUCCUGGCUGCCCUCGGGAUUACAUUGACGCCUUCCUCAUCAAGAUGGAAGAGGAAAAGCAAAAUCCGCAGAGUGAAUUCCACACAAAGAACCUGGCGCUGAGUGUGGUCCACUUGUUUUUCGGUGGGACGGAGAUGGUGAGCGCCACCUUGAGAUACGGGUUCCUGCUCCUGAUGAAAUACCCAGAGGUACAAGAAAAGGUGCAUCAGGAAAUCGAUGGUGUCGUCGGGCGGCACCGCGACCCCGCCGCUGAGGACCGAAGCCGGAUGCCCUACACCCACGCCGUGAUACACGAGAUCCAGCGCUUCAGCAACAUCAUCCCCCUGGGGAUUCCGCAUGCCGUGAUCCGAGACACCCAGUUCCGGGGGUACACGCUCCCCAAGGGGACAGAUGUUUUCUGCGUGCUGGGCUCUGCCCUCCGGGACCCCAGACACUUCAGCGACCCAGAACGCUUCGACCCGGGGAAUUUCUUGGACGAGAACGGCGGCUUUAAGAAGAACCAUGCUUUUAUGGCUUUUUCCUCAGGGAAGCGGGUGUGUCUGGGCGAGGGUCUGGCCCGCAUGGAGCUCUUCCUGGUCUUUACCUCCGUCCUGCAGCGCUUCACCUUGCAGUCGCCCGUUGACCCCCAGGACAUUGACCUCACCCCAAAAGCGAGUGGAUUUUGGAACAUACCUCCCGAGUACAGGGUCUGUGCCCUCCCACGCUGAGGCGUCGUCAGCGGACAUGCCGGGAGAGCAGUUACUGAUUGGGAAACAAACAGGGUACGCGUGUGAUGGCCCCAAGGCUGGACCUGUGUAAAUGAGGAAGCUUUUCCAUGCUACAGUCUCAUUUGUAAGUCUUGACGCUGCACAUUCCUGGACAAGUUACCGCAGGCGUUCACUCACGUUUUUUCUUUUUAAUGCCAAGAUAUCCCUGAAGUCGUGUACAGUUCUGGUAUGGAGAGAGCCCUCGGAUGGGGAAUGCUCAUGGUUUUGUGGUUGACGCGCAGGACUCGGGGCAUGAUGCCGGGGUUCUGUUCUCACCUUCGAAAGAGUGUGGUCUAGUGGUUAUAGCAAGCGCCUGGUAGUCAGGAUGCCUGGGUUCUGUUCCUGGCUUAGGUGGUGGGGCUCGGGAGCGUGGCUUAUUAGAGGAGAGGAUUAGGACGUUGUGAUCACGAGUGUCUGUAGGAUUGGGACCCAAGCAUUAGGCAGUAAAAGAACCCAGGAGUCCUGACACCUACUCCCCUGCUCUAACCACUAGACUCCCUGCUACGUUCCGAGAGCUAGAAAUCCUCAGAAUUGCUGGCUCUGGGAAGGGAGUAGGUGUCGGGACUCCUGGCUUCUUUCCCUCUCUCUACCAUAUACGUGGGUCCCAAUCCUGCAAACACUCCUGCAUGCACGAUGCCUGAACUCGAUUGAAACUGAUGUGGGAGCUCGAGCUG